AUGGCACUUCACGGGGGUCCUGAAACGGUCUCUACCGUCUCCUGGGUGGUGCAGUGGCCCCCACCAGAGACCCAGGCUACCAGAGACCCAGGCUACCAGAGACCCAUGCUACCAGAGACCCAUGCCACCAGAGACCCAUGCCACCAGAGACCCAUGCUACCAGAGACCCAUGCCACCACAGACCCAGACUACCAGAGACCCAUGCCACCAGAGACCCAUGCCACCAGAGACCCAGACUACCAUAGACCCAUGCCACCAGAGACCCAUGCCACCAGAGACCCAUGCCACCAGAGACCCAUGCCACCAGAGACCCAUGCCACCAGAGACCCAUGCUACCAGAGACCCAUGCUACCAGAGACCCAUUGCUACCAGAGACCCAGGCUACCAGAUACCCAUGCCGUCAGAGACCCAUGCCACCAGAGACACAUGCCACCAGAGACCAGGCUAGACCCAUACCACCAGAGACCCAUGCUACAGAGACCCAGAGACCCAUUGCUACCAGAGACCCAGGCUACCAGAUACCCAUGCCGUCAGAGACCCAUGCCACCAGAGACACAUGCCACCAGAGACACAUGCCACCAGAGACCCAUGCCACCAGAGACCCAUGCCACCAGAGACCCAUGCCACCAGAGACCGAUGCUACCAGAGACCCAUGCUACCAGAGACCAGAGACCCAUGCCCAUGCUACCAGAGACCCAGGCUACCAGAGACCCAGGCUACACCACAGAGAGACCCAGGCUACCAGAGACCCAGGCUACCAGAGACCCAUGCUACCAGAGACCCAUGCCACCAGAGACCCAGGCUACCAGAGACCCAUGCUACCAGACCCAUGCCACCAGAGACCCAUGCCACCAGAGACCCAUGCCACCAGAGACCCAUGCUACCAGAGACCCAUGCCACCAGAGACCCAUGCCACCAGAGACCCAUGCUACCAGAGACCCAUGCUACCAGAGACCCAUGCCACCAGAGACCCAGGCUACCAGAGACCCAUGCUACCAGAGACCCAGGCUACCAGAGACCCAGGCUACCAGAGACCCAUGUCACCAGAGACCCAGGCUACCAGAGACCCAUGUCACCAGAGACCCAGGCUACCAGAGACCCAUGCCACCAGAGACCCAUGCGACCAGAGACCCACCAGAGACCCAGGCUACCAGAGACCCAUGCUACCAGAGACCCAGGCUACCAGAGACCAUUGCUACCAGAGACCCAUGCCACCAGAGACUCUGGGUUCGAGCCCAGGCUCUGUCGCAGCCGGCCGCGACUGAGAGGUCCAUGGGGAGACGCAAAAUUGGCCUAGCGCCGUCCGGACCCUGCAGCAAGGACCUCAACAUGACAGCAGGACAUAAUGCCCAGGCCGUGAGCAGAGCAACAAGCCCCAUCCUGUGA